AUGGCCGAGGAACAUUCCCCAGAGCCAGUUGGUCGAGUGUCCAAAAGGCCUGUAGCUUGGUUGGAUCCACGCAAGGAAUACGGCAAUCCAAGCAAAGAGUCCUCAUAUCCUCACAAUAGUAAGUCCCUCUAUCAACUCGAACAAAAGAUAGAUCGCAUAGAGAACCGUCUUGAGGGUAUAGAACAGCUCUUGCGUAGGGCUUUUGAUGAACAACCUAUUACCAGAAGUGUUGCAAGACCUCCCGAGUCAUUACCUACAGACUCUUUCAAUGUCUCCAGGGACUUUGGAGACAGCAGCAGAAAUGGACCAAGCUAUGCUGACUCAGAGAUGGCUUUGGAGGGCAGCAGCUCUAUGAAGGCUGCUACAGUGUACGCGAGCGACUUCUUCCAGACUGUCCUCGGGCAAUCACCAGCCGCCGACACAAGCACCCGUGUUAACGCUGCAUUAUUGUCACUGAAGCAAAUGAUCGAGAUUAAUAGCUACCGGUCUAUGGGGGAUCGAAUACCGAGUCGAAGGGAGACCCAGAAUGAUGGAAUAAGAGACCUGGCAAUGCCGCCCCUGCAGUCCGUUCUCACCAAAACGAAACUGGUCACACUGACCAUAGAGAAAGCUCAACAGUCGCAAGAUCCGUCGUCUCGUGAGGAGUAUCGCAAACUGUCUCAACUAUGUCGAGGCAACCUCGAGACAGCAAUGAACAAGUUCAAUGUUCUCGCGCCACCCAGCCUGGAGAACGCAGAGGCCUUCCUUCUCGGGGCCAUCUAUGCCAUAGAGGUAUCGCAACCAAUGCUUGCUUGGCAACUCGUGUCCGGCGCGGGAGGGAUAUGCCAGACGCUUGGCUGGCAUCAACUCGUUCCCAAUAGCGAUAGCACCACUGAUCGGAAAAUCUCUCUCUUCUGGCUAACUUACCUCCUUGAUAAAGGACUCUCCUUACGCCUCGGUCGACCGGCUGUUAUACACGAUGACGAGAUUACGCUACCGGAACGGCUUGACAAAGCAGAUGUACCAGGUGGCUGGAGGGACUUACUUACGCAAUGGAUCCGCCAUUCACGACUUGUUGGCAGGGCCUAUCAAGAUCUAUACAGUCCGUCGGCGCUUAGAAAAUCAGUACAAGAGCGUGGCGAGCGCGCACGGGACUUGAUGGCAGCCCUAAAACGAAUCAUGGAUGACUCGUUGAUGCCACUUGGACAGGCACAUCUGAUGGAACGCAACACUGGGGACUUUGGAUCAGCGCCUAAUAGAAUGAUCAAGACAGUUCUGAAGGCUGAUGAGGUGUGGUACUGGACGACUCUAACAUUUAUACGAAGGGCCGUUCCUUCAACUGAAGGCGGACAUGGUGCUGUUAGCCCUGCGUGUCUGGAAUCUGCUAGGAUGGCUUUUGAAGCACAUGGGGAAUGCAUGAGAAUGACUGACCCCAGCUCAGAGACAAAAGCUGUAUAUCUGCUAUGGACAAUUAUCUACACCCCAUUCGUGCCGCUGAUCGUUGUAUUCUGCAACGUAAUCGAGACCUCCAACCCAGAAGACAUUCGCAUACUUGGGGAGUUUUGCGAAUCGUUGAAACCAUUGUGCGGUAUAUUCGAGGCUAUCCAGGAGCUACACGACCUUUGCCAAGUUCUGUACAACCUGGCGAUCUCAUACGUCGAAGCGAAGUCACAAAGCCAAGGGGGUGUCGAUAAAAUGGUUGAAGAUGGGUUUGGUGUUCAAUCGAAGAGCACGCAUGGGGCAAUGUCGUUUAGUAGUAGUUACUUCGAUACCUUUUCUACAGGAUCGAGUAUUCCAGUGCCUCAGCUGAAUAGUCAUGUUUCGCAGGUCAGGGACUGGAUCUCGGGGAAUAUGCAUUGGAUGGAUGUUUCGCAAGAGGACUUCUCCGAGUUCUUGGCACAGUUGUCAUAG